AUCCAAGUCUGCUGAGUAUCUAGAUAGCACAGACUAGUAUUCAAAACAUCAUAAACUAGUAUCCAGAUAGUAGAUACCAACUAAUAUCCACAAUCAACCAACUAGUAUUCAAUAUGGAUACUCUUAUGUGUUAUCAGGAUACUCUUAUGUGUUACCUUGAUACUAAUUAUGUGUUGUAUGGAUACUAUUCCGUGUUGUCUAUAUAUUAGUUUGUGAAUUUGGGAUAAUAGUUGAUUCAUGGUGGAUAUCAGUUAGCAAACUUUGAAUACUAGUUUGUGCUCUCUAGAUACUUUAGUACUUGGAGACUAGUUCAUGUAUUUUGGAUAUCAGUUAGUAUCUGCUAACGAAUCUACAAGUUAGCAGAUUAACUUUCCCCGUGAAAGAGAUACGGAUCCAGUUGCAAUGUUGUAGUAAGGCCUUCACAUGUGAGAGAAGAGCAAAACAACGCCAAGGCCGCAAGGAAUUGUCAACGUUCAAGGCAUCCACCAAAGAUUUGCAAUCCGUGAUGAUUUCAGUAGGAGAGUUGUCCAUAGUUGCAAGUCAGCAAGCUUCCACAAGAGCAUGUGUCUCAACCUCAUUUAGAGACGAACAAAUGACCCUCCAUCCCUUCCAUCACAAAUCUGUCCAUGAGAAUUAGUAAUCUCUCCCAAAAGUUGCCUCUUGCGAAUCACUAUCAACUGACCCGUCACAGUAGAUCCUUUUUGAAGAAUCUCUCGGCGGUGGAUGAGAUUGUGAAGGAAUGUCCCUAGGAUGGUUCAUAGGGGUACGAAAAUGAAGAGAAGGAAAAGGCUCAGAAGCCUCUCGAGAGGCGAAGAUAGAGGUAAUCAAAGGAGACAAAUUGAUGCCUCGGAAAAUGAACUCAUUGCUGCCCUUCCAGAUGUUGCGGAGGUAGAAGGUCUUGAGCCAAAUCGAAGAAAGAACAUCCAUGUCUCUCAUCGCGAAAAACUAUUGACUGAAAAUCGGGAGGGGGGGGGGGGGGGAAUUAAAUGAGGCAAAACCCUGGCCCACGUUUCCUUAGCGUGAGGGCAAAGGAAAAGACAAUGGAUGAGCGAUUCUUCCUCCACAUUGCAGAUUUGGCACCAAGGAUUUGGUGAGCAUCGCCAAUGAUGGAGAUUGGCUUUCGUAGCGAGAGUGUUCCUCAAGCAUCUCUAAAUAAAAAUACGUAUCAUGGGAGGAAGCUCGAGAGCCCAGAGCCACUUCCAAGAGUCAUUAGAAGAAGGGAAAUUGAGGUCCUUGGUGGGCUGGUGAGAGUUUUGUCGAGCAUGGUUCCUCACUCCAUGAUAAGCAGAUCUCAUAGAGAAGCCUCCAUUCGUAGUACACUUCCAAGCCCACUUAUCCUUGGAGUUCGGCGGACCAAUUUGAACUCUCGAUAUAGCUUCUGAGUCUAUUACAGAGCAAUGGUUAUGAAUCAGGUUUUAGUUUCAAUUUUGGGAAUCUUCAUCCAUCCAAUCCUUGACCCUGGAGUGAGGAACAUCAGGAGAGGAAAUCCUAUGGCCCCCCCACGGUCGGAAUCCAAGGAUCCUUAUCAAACCAAGUGUCAGCACCCGUGCCGAUGAUAGGAUUGUCCCUAAGUCCAAGGCCUUCCUUACUUCAAACAAGCUUGCCCAAAUUCAAGAGAAUGACCUUCCCUUCCUUGCACAUCGAUAGUCAAAAUUGAGGAAAUAAAGGCUCCUCAGGAGGCGAGCCCACAAGGAUUCAGGUUCAUUCAAAAGACGUCAGCUCUGUUUGGCAAUAAGAGAAAUGUUUCAGAAAUAAAAGUUUCGGAAACCAAGCCCACCAACACAUUUAGGGUCAUCGAUCACUUUCCCUUUUCGCCAUGGAAUUGAUCUUUUCUUCAUUGAUCCCGACCAGAAGAAAUCUCGAAGAAGAGAGUCCAUCUUCUUGGUCAAAGAGGUCGGGAGCAGGAAGACAAUCAUGAUAAAAUUAGGAAUUGCUUGAAUAACCGCUUUGAAGAGAGUCUCCUUCCCUGCACAGGAGAGAGUAAGGCUUUUCCAUGACAAUCCUUUAUUCUCCAUUCAAUCGAUCAAGAAGCUAAAAGUAUCCUUCUUUGAUAGCCCCCAUUUCGUGGGAUCCCCAUAUAUUUGUCAUGAAGAAUACUCAUUGGAAAGCCAAACCGUGAAGUGAUUCAGCUUCUCAGAUCAUCUGGAGUGUUUUUGCUGAAGAAUAGAGAAGAUUUGUGCAUAUUCACUUCCUAACUAGUGAGAAAGCUACAACUGUUUAUGAUCUACAUAAUGGCCUCGGCUUGCUCCAUCGAUGCACGUCCAAAGAUGACAGUAUCAUCCACAAAGAGGCAAUGGGUCAACAGAGGGCAAUGUUGUUUCAACCUAAGACCAUGGAUCCUCCCCUGGGAAAUACCUCUAUCCAACAAAAAGGGUAAGAAAUUAGACAUAAGAAUGAAUAGGAAGGGGGAGAGAGGGUCACCCUGUCAAAUUCCCCUAUAAGGCGAAAAGAAUCAUGUUGGGCCACCAUUAAGGAGGAUAGAGAAACGGACUGUUCGAACACAUUCCUUAACCCAACUACACCAAGUCUAAUUAAAGAUGUAGGCCGAGAGAAGGGAGUCCAGACAAUCCUAAUCAACAUUUUAGCGGCGGGAAUGGCCAAGCCCAUCGCGCAGCCUCGAUCGACAGCGACGCGGGGAGAGCAAGACAGGGCGAUGCGCCCCAUCUCGGUAAGAAGGGGCUGGAAAACAUGAGGGUGCCCGUCAGGCCCCACGAGGUGCCCAUCCUCGUCCAACCCCACUUGGGCACCGGGGCGCCCACCCUGAGGAACAACGUGAGCUUUUCCCUUCUCAAUCUCCGAAGGGCGAGCCUUUUUCCCCACCUUGAGACAGCGGGGCACCUGCCCUCUUCUCCCGGCGCAUCAAGGGGGGCGCCUCUUCUUCCUCUUCUUCAUCAACUACGUCGAAUGUAUUCGGGUCUUCGACAGGCUCGGCCACGCCCUCAGCUGGUGCGAAAGAGGCCACGCUCGCGGUCUUCGCGGUGUGGGGCGCCUUACUCUGACCAGCUCCAACAGUGGCCUUCUUUGUGGACUUCCUCUUCUUGGGAGCAGGUGGAGGGGCCGCCUAGGCGGCUGUAGAAGCGGGGGCCUCCGCAUUUAACAUCGCCAAAUCGGCUCUUCAUUAGAGUCGUGAUGCUGGUAAAGUCAGACCCUGCAAAAAAAAAAAAAAAAGUCAGAAGCAUGCUUGGAUAAUGAAAACAACACAAGCAAAGCAGUGAAGGCGCCCCCCACACUGUCGUUGUAAUACUCUAUUAAAACGGGGAUACAAUUCACAGUCAAUCGCAAGUUAAUAGGGUUAGUUCCUAUAAGUUGGGCGCCUCGCGUCCAUCCUAAGAUAGGGGAAUCUCAACGUUAAAGUUUGUAUUGUCUCCGAGCUCCCAUUCAGUUAAGAAGACGCCCCCCACUCUCGAAGAAUGAAUCUCGAUUGGAUUUCAUGAAAAAGAAACCGUUGAACCAACCCUUCCCUAGCUUGGGACAGCUAACCACGAAGUGGUAGGAAAGCUUCGUGCGCUUUUGCAGGGACAAAUAGUUGUCGAGGGACACAAUGUUGAAGAAGUAUCUGUACAAAUUAAACGUGAGCCUCACGUUGUGCACUCGACACUUCAGUUUGAACAGAAUCACCACCAAAAUAACGGAUGGUGAUAGGCGCCUCAAACUGCAACCACAGACGGCCAAGAUCCCCUCCAAAAUGGGGUCGAUUGCGAAGCGUAGCCCAAAGCGAAAGUAUUCCUUGUAGACCCCAAUCCACUUUGGACCGCACACCCCGACCUUGGAAAUUGGGGAGCAGGCGCAUACCACCAAUCGUGUGGCAAUUGCAGACUUGUAACCAACUCCCUUACGCGUGCAUACGUUAUGAUCGAUUGGUGGGCUGGACCUGCCACGUUGAACGGCAACACGGAGGUCUCAACUGGCACGUAAUCCGGGGGGAAAGUUUUUUUUUUUCCCAAGUAGUGACUUUAUAGGAGCCGUCCCCUGGCAUGAAACCCGUUACAGACACCGUUGAGGUCCCAGUAGAUGGAGGCGCCCCCUCUUAAAGCAAAAAGUGAUGCGGGCCCACAACCGCAGUACGAUGUGAGCGGCACCCAUGUCCCAAAGAUACAACUCAGCAAGCAAAACAAAGAGAUAAAAUCAGGGAAGUGUGGGGCGCUUACCACGGUUCGACGGGGCGCCUCGAUCAAGAGCAGCGCAUGAGCCACCAGGUUGGUUUUGCCAGGCAGACAUGGUAAAUAAGGGGUGAACGGGAGCGACUUGCAGACGGCAGGCACGACGGCGGCUAGAGAGAAGUUAGAGAGAGAGAGGGCAUGUUGCGAAGUGGUGAGGACAAAAUGAGGGAGGCAGAAGUAUUUAUAUGAGGGAAGGGGAAAAACAACUUGGGAUCCGCGCCAGCCAGCCAUGUGUCGCGAUCUCGGGCGAUUAUUUGAAUUUCAAAAUUCAAAAUUUGAAUUUCCCAAAAAAAUAAUAAAUAUUAUUAUUAAAAUAAACCGCCCUAGAGGGGGGCACGUGCUGGCUAGGCGCCUGUAUCAGGAGAAUAAAGUCUGGCAGUCGUUGAAGGUUAACACACAACCCUAGACCGAGGCGCCUACAAGAGGGAAAGGGGGGAAUUUGGCACAAGGGUAAAAAAAUCAAUCGUUGUCAGAAAGGAGCGUGCAGGCCGGGCGCCCUAGGGUAACAAGGGGGUGGCAAUUGUCAGAUGAAGCGUGCUAAUUAGGCGCCGGGGGGGGGGGGGGGGGUUGUAGGAAGAAAUGGGGCAUUUAGCAAGAGAAAAAUAACAAUGGCUAGAUGAAACGCACUAACCAGGCGCCCGUGACAAGAAAAGCAAAGGUAGUAGAGGACGAUGAUCAAGCGCCUGCAUAGUAAGAUCGCUGAUGGAUAAAUACACGGACUCGGCAAACGCGGGCGCCUUAUUCCAGUGGUAAGACGAGGCAGUAUAGUCAGGCCCUCAAGUUUUGGAGACUUGAGAGCCUAACUGGGGGGCAAUUGUUGGGUGAUAUUGUAAAGAAUAGAGCCCAAGAGCAUGA